ACGGUCUAAAUUGCCCUUCAAGGCUCUGCCCGCACCAGGACUAUUUCUGUCUUUUCGCCAGAAACACAGUGUUAAGAAUCCCAAAAAUAUCCCCUCGCUCUAUCUCUAGGUUUCAGAAUCGCCCUCGAACCAGUUUCGGCCAUUCAUUUAAUCCCAGCCGUCCAUUUCCCAUCCAACGGCUCCCAGAAGUCUUUACAGUGGUUUCUCUUUCUCGUUUCUCCGCCAGUGAUUUUUGGCAUAAACCCUAGAAAACUUCCCUCUUCAACUCCCUUCUUCGCCUUCUCUCUGCUUUCUCACUCUUCGAUCUGUUUUCUAUAGGGAGAAAAUCGUGGAAUGUUAGAUCUGACGUAUAUGGAUUCGUGUAGUAGGAGAUCUUAGAUUUUUAGAGUUAUUGUUGUUGUUGUUGUUGUUGUUCUUGUUAUUGUCUCGAUAUGGCCGAUUCUUGGGCGAUUCUUUAUGUGAUGCCCGAUUAUGAGAACAUGCAGUGAGUUCGGAUUCCGGACCGAGUCGGCGAGUCAACUCACUGAGUCACCGGGGGAGAUCGAGGCCCGUGUUGCUGUUGCUGCUCCCGUUCGCGGCCGCACGGCGAUGCCGUCGGUUGGUAUGCGACGGACCACGAGGGUGUUCGUGCCGAAGACGGCGGCCAAGGGUGCCGCCGGUGGAGCUAGGGUUUUGAGGUCGGGGAGGCGGCUGUGGCCAGACUCUGGCGAGGGCAAGCUCACUAGAGAUGCCGACUGGUUCCGGCUUCUCCACAACUCCGGCGGUGGCGGCGGUGGUGCCGGCGGUGGUGGUGCCGGCGGUGGUGGUGGGUUGAAGGAGAAUGGGUGGCAUGAGGUUAAUUCGAAGCAAGAAGUGGAUGAUGUGGACGCAGAAGUGGCGGUUUCCGAAUCGAGAAAUGUGGCGGGAAAGUGUGGAGAUGAUCAAGGUAGUGACUAUAGCCGGUGGGGCAUUGUUUAUAGUAGGAGGACGAAGAGAUCGGAUUCAAAAUCGUUGCUUUCUCCGGGGAAGAAGAGAGGGUUCGAGGAUAAAAGGUUUGGAAUUCGAUUCAGUCGAAAGCAGCGAAGGAAAAGGAUGGAAGAGAGCGAGGAGGGAGGGUAUGUCUGCGUUGAAAUGGUUACUGUCGUUAUUGAUUCUUCUCGUAGUGGACGGUGUCGUUUUACUAGUUUUUUGAAUUCGAUUUUGGGUUACAUGCGGAGAAGCAGAGUGAGAUUAUGGGGCCUCUAUGAGUUCUUGACGUGGGAGCCUAUGAUGGAUGCUUUCUCUUCACAUGGCGUUCGAUUCUUGCGGGAUCCUCCUUGUGCUAGAAGCUUUGGAAUUUGCAAGAUUUUUGGGGCCAGGAGGUUUAUACCAUUGUUUUCUGUGGAUUUUUCUGCAGUUCCCUCCUGUUUUAUGUAUUUGCAUUCAAGUAUGCUUCUUAGAUUUGGGUGUCUGCCAUUUGUUCUUGUAAAUAACUCAAUGAGUUUGUGUUCAAAUGGUGAAGAACCUAUUGACAGCGAAGAAAACCUGUUAUGCAUCCCUUCCAAGAAAGAUCAUUUUGGAAGCAAAUCAAUCACUUUGGAAAAUGAUAAUUCUGGGAAGAGGAGGAUGUUACAACCAACUAUUGGAACCUCUAGAUUUUCUGGUCGAAAUGCACAGUGGAGGAACGGUGUGAAUUCUCGCAGUAUUCAGAAGAGAAGGAGUUCACAGAGGUCAAGGAGAGUUAGAAAUCCUUCAUUGGUUGGCAUACACAAAUCUAAUGGAGCUUUAGUUUCUGAUUUCAUAACCAAUAGGAAUAAGGGAAUUCCAUUUUCUUCUGUAGUGUAUAAUCAGGAGCUUAGGAGGUCAGCUCGGCAUGCUUCUGCAACAAACAUCAGGGAACUGAAAUCGACCUCGGUGGUGGUGAAAGAGGAAAUAGAUUCAAUGUGCUGCUCUGCCAAUAUAUUGAUUGUGGAAUCAGACAGAUGUUUCAGGGAAAAUGGAGCCAAUGUUAUGUUGGAAGUCUCUGCUUCCAAAGAGUGGUUUAUUGCAGUCAAGAAAGAUGGGUCAAUGAAAUAUAGCCACAAGGCAGAAAAAGAUAUGAGGUAUGCUUCCAAUCGUCACACCCAUGCCAUGAUAUGGAAUGGUGAAGAUGGUUGGAAGCUAGAGUUUCCCAAUCGACAGGACUGGAUGAUUUUCAAGGAACUUUAUAAGGAAUGUUGUGAUCGCAAUGUGGAGGCUCCCAGUGUUAAGAUCAUCCCUGUGCCUGGGGUCCAUGAAGUAACAGACUAUGGGGAUUAUAAGGGCGACCCCUUUUCCCGACCAGAUACAUAUAUUACUUUGAAGAAUGAUGAGGUGUCAAGAGCUAUGGCAAAGACGACUGCAAGUUAUGAUAUGGAUUCUGAAGAUGAGGAGUGGCUAAAGAAGCUCAACAGUGAGUUUCAUGCUGAGAAUGAUCUUCAUGGUCAUGUUUCAGAGGAGGAUUUUGAAUUGAUGGUGGAUGCAUUUGAGAAGGCUGUGUACUGUAGUCCAGAUGAUUACCCUGAUGCGAAUGGAGCUGCUGAUCUUUGUGUGGACCUAGGUAGCAGGGAAGCCAUAGCAUGUGUGUAUGGUUAUUGGAUGAAAAAAAGGAAGCGAAAACGUGGAUCACUAGUUAGGGUUUUCCAGGGUCAUCACCCAAGGAAAGCUCAGCUGAUUCCAAAGCCUGUUCUGCGUAAGAAAAGAUCAUUCAGCCGACAGGCGGGCAAAUUUGGAAGAGGCAAACAACAAAAUGUCAUGCAAGCCUUGGCAGCUCAACGAAAGGCAAUUGAUGAAACAAGUGCCAAGUUGAAAGCCCAAGAAGCCAGAGACUCACUCGACAAAUCAGUGGAAUUAGCUAUUCGCAAGCGUCGAAGAGCUCAGUCUCAUAUGGAGAAUGCAGAUUUGGCAACGUAUAGAGCCGCAAUGGCACUUAGAAUUGCAGAAGCAACACGACUCUCUGAAUCACCCUUUCUUGCUGCUGAUGAUGCUAAUUUUCUUGAUUAAAAGUAGCAGGUGUAGGUAGUCUUGAUGCUAAUUGAAGUGGCCAAUUAUUAAUAACAGGGAGGGGGGAAUUACAGCCUCAUGGCUUUUUUUGAAGCCUUUGGAGAAGAAAAAGAGUAAUGUAAUUUUUGUAUAGAUUUUGAUUGAAUGUACAUCUUGUAUUAUUAGGACCUCACACCAAAUAUGUAAUUGGUUGAUUUCCUUGAUAAAAAAAAAAGGGAAAAAAAUACAGGAAAUUUCUAGCCUAUAUCAGCAUGCUGGUGACUGACGUUAACAGGUAUUAGUAUGGAGCAAAGCAUGUGGGAAACUUACCAUGCAGUUUU